UAAAGGGAGGGAGUAAUAACUUCCUGAUCCAAAUCCACUCUCACUUUUCUCUUCUUUUUGUUUUUCUUUCAUUUCAUCAUCAACAGAUAUCACUUUUUGCUACUGUACUUUCUUGGAGUGUCAUCUUUUGCUUUUUGUGGGGUCUCAAAUAGUAGAAGCAGUUGGUGGAUGUUUCAUUGGGAUGGCUAUUUUGUUCCACUGCUACUGAUUGCUUUUUGUGGGGUCUCAAAUAGGAUUUUUGGAGCAUUCUCAAUUUGAUUACAAUUUCACCUGAAGUUGAAAAGUUGUUGUCCAGUGGUUUGAAGAUGUAUUCGGUGGAGAGCAAAGGAGGGGCUAUAGUUUGCAUGUUGGUGUCAUUGUUCUUCUUAGGGACAUGGCCAGCCUUACUAACUUUACUUGAAAGAAGAGGGAGAUUUCCUCAGCACACUUACCUUGAUUAUACUUUAACUAAUCUUUUGGCUGCUUUCAUAAUUGCAUUUACUUUUGGCGAAAUUGGGACUAGCUCAACGGGAAAACCAAACUUCCUCCGCCAACUCUCUCAGGAUAAUUGGCCAAGCGUCUUAUUUGCAAUGGCUGGAGGGGUGGUCCUCAGCAUUGGAAACCUUACAACUCAAUAUGCUUGGGCCUUUGUUGGUUUAUCAGUUACCGAAGUUGUCUCCUCAAGCAUUACUGUCGUUAUAGGAACAACUUUGAAUUACUACCUUGAUGACAAAAUUAACAAAGCGGAAAUUCUUUUUCCGGGGGUUGGAUGCUUCUUGAUUGCGGUUUGUUUAGGCUCUGCUGUUCAUGCAUCCAAUUCGGCUGAUAACAAAGCAAAGCUUGAUGGUUAUUCAAAUGACUCUAAAGACGGCAUUAGGACUAAUAAUAUUACCAACUCUAAACAAGCAUAUACAAAGAGAGUUGGCGUAAAUGAUGAGAAGGGAGUUGCUUCUAUAGAGAAGGCAAAAUUUGGGACUGCACUUUUCCUUAUAGAUCUUGAGAAGAGAAGAGCCAUCAAGAUAUUUGGGAAGAGCGCUGUCAUUGGUUUGGCUUUAACAUUCUUUGCUGGAGUUUGCUUCUCUCUCUUCUCUCCAGCAUUCAACCUUGCCACAAAUGAUCAGUGGCAUACUCUUAAAGAUGGAGUUCCGCACUUGAGUGUCUACACAGCAUUUUUCUACUUCUCAGUUUCUUGCUUCGUCGUUGCCUUGAUCCUGAACCUCAUCUUCUUAUACCGCCCUGUUCUAAAUGCGCCCAAGUCGUCUCUGAAGGCUUAUCUUAAUGACUGGAACGGUAGAGGUUGGGCACUUUUGGCAGGACUUCUGUGUGGUUUUGGAAAUGGGCUCCAAUUCAUGGGAGGUCAAGCAGCUGGAUAUGCAGCUGCAGAUGCUGUUCAGGCGCUGCCUCUUGUGAGCACAUUUUGGGGGAUAAUUUUAUUUGGAGAGUACCGAAGAUCGUCCAGGAAAACAUAUACACUCCUAGUUGGCAUGUUGUUUAUGUUUGUAGCAGCGGUCGGAAUACUUAUGGCAUCGUCAGGGCAUCGCAAAUAGUGCAUAGAAGAAAUCAUAAUGCUGUUUUACACAUCUUCAUAAUUAGAUUAUGGUGUAGUAUUUGUUACUUUGCUGUUUCUUGUUGAAUAGAAGCACAAUUUAAUUAAAAUCUGCUGGAGAAUUCUUACUAUAUAUAGAGGUGGUAUAUGGCACCCAUUUUAGCAAGCAUUUAGAGACAUAUUGUAUGGAUGAGGAAUCAGAUCUUUCAACUUGUAGUUUAUAUAUAUGCAAUUCUUGAAUUAUUAUGCAAUAUUAAUGAAAUUUUAUUA